GAGAAUGAGAGAGAGAGAGAGAGAGAGAGAGAGAGAGAGAGAGAGAGAGAGAGAGAGAGAGAGAGAGAGAGAGAGAGAGAGAGGAAGACAGAGGGGAGUGAGAAAGCAAGAGAGACCAGCAGCGCCUGCUGUAACACAGGAUCCAGUAUCAUGAGAGCCCAUCUAGGAUAUUUCCUCCUUCUCAGCCUUCUUCUGAUUGCUGUGGUGCGUGGUCAGAGACGAAAACCUCCUAGACCAACCCCACCACAGAGGAGACCAGCACCACAACCAGAGCCGCAAGAGCCGACUGACUUCCCUCCGCCCAUUUUGGGUCCUCCUUCCAUCUUUGAAGACUGCCCCAAGGAGUGCUACUGUCCCUCGGAUUUCCCCAGCACCCUCUACUGUGACAGACGCAACCUGAGGAAGAUCCCCAUCAUCCCACCCAGGGCUCACUAUCUCUACCUCCAAAACAACUACAUAGACGAGGUGACAGAAGAAGCCUUCAAGAAUGCUACCGGGCUGAAAUGGGUUAACAUGGACAACAACCGGAUCAAGAAGGUGGACCGCCAGGUCUUUGAGAAGCUGCAGAACCUUCUCUUCUUGUACAUGGACAAGAACAAUCUCCAAGAGGUGCCCAAUUUCCUACCUCCCAACCUGGAGCAGCUUCGUCUGAGCAGGAACCAGAUCUCCAAGAUCCCUGCCGGAGUGUUUAAUAAGCUGGAGAACCUGGCCAUGCUUGACCUUCACCAUAACAAGCUGAGUGACAGCGACCUGGGCAAAAACAUCUUCAAGGGCCUCAAGAACUUGGUUCAGCUGAACCUGGCACACAACAUUCUGAGAAAGAUGCCGCAGCACGUGCCACAUAAUAUCUACCAGCUGUUCCUGGAUCGGAAUAACAUUGAGGACAUUCCCAAAGAUUAUUUCAAAGAGUUCCCAAACCUGACCUUUGUCAGGCUUAAUUACAAUCAGCUGACCGACAAAGGGGUGCCCAAGAGGAUUUUUAACAUCUCCACUCUGUUGGAUCUUCACCUUGCCCACAAUAAACUCAACAGUGUUCCCAUUUUUAAUUCCAAGUUGGAGCAGUUGUAUCUCAACCACAAUAAUAUCGAAAGCAUCAAUGGCACAGAGCUCUGCCCAUAUCCUAUCAUGACCAUCGAUAUGAGUAACGAGGAUCACGUCCCUCGUCUGCGCUACCUGAGGAUGGAUGGGAAUGCAGUUCAGCCUCCCAUUCCAAUGGACCUCAUCAUGUGUUUCCGACAUCUGAAAUCCAUCGUCAUCUAAACCGCACAUCACUUCUAUUUUCUAAGAAACGACAAACUUGUUUUCUCUUGAAAACCUUCUCUGCUAAAGGCCAAGUGCCUUCAGAACUGUACUUCACUAAACGUAAGCCUUUUGAGUGCAUUGUGUAUCAGAUAUAAAAAUGAAACAAAGCAAUCAAACCACAUUCAUAAACAGCUUCACUCGUUCUAGAACCCAACUCUUUUAAUAUCUAAGUUAUUCUGAAAGUGUAGACAACAGCCCAUGCAUUCAUGAGCUUUAUUAACUAUUGUUUUUGUAAGUUUGUUUUUAAUAAAAAAAAGUAAUGCAGAUGUACUUUGCUUUAUUUCAUGCCGUUUAGAAACAGAAGACAUAUAGUGGUCUCAGAAACAGGUAAAUCUGUACUGAAGUCAACUUGGUAUUUUACUAAAUCAAGUGGUAUUUAGUACAGUUUUUUUUUAUCUGCAUGUCUAAUACAACGCUGGACCUUAAAAGGUACAGUGUUUGACAAAAGUAACUUUUCUGAAAGACUCAAGUACAGUAUACUGCACUAAGUAGCUUGCUUGAUGUUUAGCUAGAACAUGUUCUGCACAAACAAAACUCAAGUUUUCAGUGGUUGAUUGUACAUUCACGAGUGGAAGAGUUAGUUGCUAGAUCUUAGUGAUCGCUUAUUUAAUCUCGGACUGUAUAUUUAUAAAUGAGACUGGCUCUGUUAGAAUGUAUACAUAGCUGUACGUUAUGUAAAAAUAUUGUUAACUUGUCUGCAUAACAAAUGGUCCAUGAUCUCACAGUGGGAUGGAGCUUGGACCCACAGAGAACUUGCUGUUGUUUUUGUUUUUUUAACACAACCUAUAUACUAAAAACAAGACUGCAUAGGACAGCCAGAUCAAGCACAAUAUUAAAAAUUAAAUAAAUAACACUUGAAAACUAGUCUUGGUUCAGCUUGGUUCCAGUAGAUAUGUAUUUCUGUUCUUGGUUUGCAUCACUGUAGGUAAAUUGCUUUUGUUUCCCCUACUGUAUCUCAUACUCCUAACAGCCCACUCUCCUCUUGUGUGGUUGUACUGUCCUUCUCAGCAGAUUACUCUCUACAAUACACAAGAGCAGCAGAAUGAAAGUAUAACAGAUGGGAUGUGGUUUGAGUUCAGCUGCUGUCACCUUACAUAAAGCAUCUAGAGAUUCCGACCCCCAGCCUCCUGGUUUGUAUUCAGACUCACAGCGACUACAGCCAUCUGCAAGAUUGCCAGAUUGACCUCUCUAACAUGAAAGUGAUGCAAAAGAAGUUUACUGUCCAGUAGAUUAUUAUACUGUUUGAUCUGGGAAUUACCCACCCACUGUGAUUCAGCAUUUAAUACUUCCCAGAGUAUGAGUCAUUUAUCAGCACUUUGGAAAACACGCUAUACCCCGAUAGGAGUUCUGAGACUGCCUUCUCUAUAUUACCAACUGAACUAGCUUUCUUCUGGGGUCUGAUAUGACAUUUCUGUUGACUUUUUCGUGACCCGCUUAGCUUUUCAUUUUCCGAAGUUUGUAAAUGGGGGUAAAGGCUCUAAAAGUGGAGAAUUACUAAUUUCAUCCUUAAACACAAAGGGAAUGCCCAUGGUAAUUACAGUCCUUUUCACGUAUAAUUAGAGCCACUAAAUUCAGCUACACAGUGGUGGGAAACCAUUCCUCGUUUUGUAGCUAUUAGGAUGAUACUGCAUGGCAACUGUGGUGUUCAAAUCACAUUAAACAUCAACUGAAAGUAGAAUAUCAGAGCUUCCUUUACCGUUAAAGAAGACAGAACUAACCAGUUCCAGCGAGUCUCUCCUACAGUAAUAAUAACAAUCCUAGGUCUUGUAUGCACAUGUUAUAAUAAA